AAAAAAAGACAACAUGAUUCCCCCCACUUGGCCUCUGUUUUGGCACCGUCUAGAUGCAUCAAAACACACUUUAUUUGCAGCACAUUGCCUCUAAUACUACCCUUCGACAUCACAAACUCUCAUACACACAACUAAUUAACAAAGAAAAUGAAAAUAAAAAUAACGCAGUCAUUGCAAAUCAUCACACAUGAUUACUUCACAAAUAAUGCCCACUAUAAAUCCAUUCAAUUAUUCCUUCUUUCCUUUCCCACACCCUUUUCUUGCAAUCUAAGUUUUUGCUUCCUUUCUCUUUUCUUUUUUCUUUUUUUAAAAUUUUCUCAAUUUAUAACCCUUGCUCUACGCAAACUCGCACUAUCCCAGUAUCACCUCAGAAACUGAGGGGAAAAAAGAUGAGCUCAAUUUGCAUAUCGAACUGCAUCAACGACGCACGUGACCCACGUGUUCCCGUGAGGGCUUCCUACGUGAACCUCUACAAGUGGCCGGAAUCGGAUGCUGAGUUUGUGAGGUCAAGAAGUUGCAACAGAGAGAAGGGUUCUCAUAUAUUGUACGGUCACCCUAGGGUGGUGGACAGCAUCUCCUGCAGGCAAAUGUACCUCAGAAGCUACACGUUUUCUAGGGAAGAAGAGAACGAGCUCGAGAAAACCCACAAGUGUUUUGGUAGGGCAAAGAUGAAGAAGAAGAAAAAACAUGGGAGCGAGACAAAGCCUGAUGAGGCUAAGAAAACCAAGUGCUUGGUUUGGAGUAAGGCUAAGGAGGUCUCGUGUUCUGCUUUGUCUAGGAUUCUCCGAAGGGUCUUGUCCUGUUCCGCUAGUGUAGAUGUUGUCGACGAAAAAUAUUGAUUUUUAAUCAAAGGUUUGAACUUUUUUAAUUUGUUUUGUUUAUUAUAUAUAUUUCCUUCCUAUUUAUGAUCCAGAGAGAAGAGUAUAUCACUUUGGUUUCUUUUAUUCACUUUUGUAUAAGGGUGUGUGAAAUGUGAAUGUAAUUUCUCCUGCGGAGGAUGUUAAUUCUCGCACGCUAGAUGUAAAAAUUUUGUGAACAGAGAAAAGGUUUAAGUGGAUUUGUGCUAGCAAUUAUAUGCA